AUGCCGUCCAAAAAAUACAAACGCAAACCCCGAUCCAAACCCUGGUCCAACCGCAACCGCUGGUCCAUGUACCCAGCCCUACACGAAGACGUGACCCGCCUUCUCGCCUACGAUGACCUCGACCUCGACUUCCACCCCUUCGACGACUCCGAUACCAACACUGAAGAGUACGACACCUGCAUCAUGGGCCAAUUCACCUGCCCUAAUGAUUCGUGCAGCUCGACCGGCUGGACAAGUAAGAAGAUCGCAAUCACGAUCCGGCUUUAUCCGGGGGAGGAAUAUAAUGCGCGGGUAUAUCAUCAGAGAUGCAAGAGCUGUGAUGCUCUUAGUCGACCGGUGUUGGAUGAUUCGUAUGCGGAACGUGUCGCGUAUCGUAUCAAGAAGUGGCAUGGGGUGAAGAUGGAGAAGCCGCCGUAUUCGAGGGGGGAACAUACGGGGCCGCAUAAUAUGGACUGCACCAUGACCGACUCCUUCAGUCUCCCCCUGCGCCCGCUCACCGAGAAACGCGACCGCCCCGAUACUCUCCCGCUCGAGAUCGCCCAAAUCAACGCCCGGUGGGGAUCUUUCCGCGACGUCAACGAGGAGACUCUCCGCGCCAAAAUCGAAGAGGACAAGAACCGGGACCCAUGGUCGGACGAGGAUGAAGACAGCAAGCCCGCCGAGGAUGUGGAUACAACGGAGCGUCGGGAGCAAUUGUACAAGCGGCGAGCGGAGAUCUUGCAAUUCGCCAUGCAGGCUCAUAUGGAAGCUCUGUUUGCCUUGGAUUUUGUCUCCCUCCUCCUAUCCAAGCAUACACCUCGUCAGGCCGAGACUUCCAUGUCAACAUACUUGAAACAGGUUGCGCCCCUCGGUUCGCUGAACGCUGAAGUCGUCAAUCCUCCUCCGAAGUCGGAAGCUGCUAUGCAGGAUGUCAAGACGGUGUCGCGGGGUUGGAGAGUGCAGAACUUCAAUGCGGCUGCGAAUAAGUUGCUCAAUUCGGCGACACGGUUGGAAGGAGAAAUUGCGUCUGAGACGAAAUACUGGGAUGAAGUUCUCGCGGUCAAGGAAAAGGGCUGGAAGGUGUGCAGGUUACCACGGGAGAGACAGGCGUUGGGGUUCCAUAUGGCUACGCCUAUCUUCCGCGAUCGAGGUCUUGCUGCUUUACGAAGGGGUGAUAAUGGGAGUUUGAGACUGGACAAGGGACUGGCACCACAGAAGACACGGACGGUUCGGGUCCGUGUAAAGAACCGCGGAAAGCUCACUGGAUGUUCCAAGCUACCGGAGUCGCCUGAUAUGGGUUCGGUUGAAAAGACGAUUUUGCAAGCGCGCGACACCGUCUACGAGGAAGAGCUGUUCCACGAACUGAUGCGUGAAGCUCGUAUUAUGGGCAGCCAAGGGGUUACAACCCGCCAGAACCUAGUCAGACUCCCGAUAUCCGAAGAACAAGAGGUUCUACUGGACUUGGUCGAUGCCGACGCACCUGCAGAUGGCGAGAUGGAGUCUACAGAACACGACGUGCUUGCGGAUGCGCUUUCCCACUCGAUUCGAAUCCUGCUCGCGUAUGCGCAUCGCCAAAAUUUACGGCGCAGGACACAGCCGCCGCCCGCACUCUCCAACAAACGUCGACAAACACCGGAAUAUCAGCUCUUGCGUCCGGUUAUGGCAUAUCUCCAACACAGUGCACAUGUGCGAUGGCUGGAGUCAUUCCUGAAUGACAUCUACCGGGUUCUGCGAGCGGCGGGAUUCCAGUGCGAGUUUCAUGCGGUGCCUUUUUCAUCCGUUAGCCUUCCCAGGAUGCAUCCCGCGAUCCCGAAAGUAGAGGGGCUGGUGCAACAGUUCCUGAUGCCGUUUGAAUCGACAUUCUCCGGGCACCUGGUCACCCCUCAAAGUUCUUUUAGGGUGAAGAUUCGCACCAACCCCGCCGCCCCGCCAUUUGGCACCCAGUAUGAUAUCUCUGUCGAUUUGCUCCACCAUCCGGAUGUCCAGCCGCCGAGUCGGGUUGGGCUGCAGAGUGACGCUGCUGCGGCUCUUACACAUGUUUUCAAGUUGGAUAUUGUCUCGGCUAUUGCAGUUCAUGGCUCCAAAUUAGUCCAGGACAGUACCAGAAAAGAAGUGGAGAAGGAACCCCUGACCUGGGAGGCGGCAUAUCCACACCACGGCGAACUGCUGGCGCUAUCGACUACCGGCCGGAGUAAGAAGCUGAAGGUUACGCUGUCGCGACAGGAACUGACCGUCGAAACCUAUUCCAUGCGGGGAAUUGAUGGGCAUGGCCAAUCAGCCGGGACAAAGCCCCCAAGUCACUCCCAGACCUGGAGAUGCGAUCAGACGGGUUCCCAGCCCAUUUUGAUGGAUUUUGUUGCCGAAGCAUCGCGGCAGCAAUCUUGA